GUGACCGCGCGCGCUCAUGCCCGGCGCCCGACAUGAAUGAGCGGCCCAGCGCCUCGCCACCGCUGGGUAAACAUCGUAAAUCAGAGCCGUGUUUACAGUUUUUGCUCGCCCCGUCUUUGUCCGGCGCGGGCGGCGCCGCGCGGCGAGCUAGUGCGCGCUAGCCCGCCGUGCGCCCGUGUCGCCCGCGGCACGUCCGAGUGAAUUAUGGCUAGGUGCAUAUACGCCGUGCACUACACUACACUACACAUACCUACAACGCACGCAUAGCUAUAGCUGUGUGCAGCGAAGGCUGUACCUACCUACUCAAACAAAGCAUUUCGCCCACAAAUCCAUAGUGCGGGGCUCCCGCGCCGGACCUCGCCAGUCGCACGACCGCGCGCCGCUCCCGACCCCGGUCCCGGUGAUGUCACGCGAUAUUACUGAGUUUUCCAAACAUCUGUGACUGUCAAUUGUUAAUUUUAGUCUGCAUUUUGAGGUUAGGUUGUGAUUUGUGCCAUUAAUGCGAGUCUCGCUCGUGUCGUGGCCAAGAACCGGGGCCAGGGCCGCGUGCGGAGCCCUGUCGGCUCGGGGGCGCAACCUCGCGGCGCGCGGGCGUGGAAUGUGCAGUGUUGGUGCAUUGUUUAGUGUGCAGUGAUGGCAGUGAGAACAUAGUGCAGUGACAAGUGCUUUUAGUGCCGGAUACCACAACAUCAGUGUGGAGACUUUGCCGGCCCAUGUAAUACAGGCCGUCCUAAUGCUCAGGGAGGAGGGCUCAGAGAAGAAGGGCUCGGAGGGGCAGGACGAUGGCUACGAGACGAGCAACAGCGGCGAGGCGCGCCGCAAGCCCUCCAGCGCGGAGGGCUCCCCCGCGCCCGUCGCCCCCGCGCCCCCUCCCGUCCCGCACGACCCCUCCCCCGCCCCGCCCACCCCGCACAACCCCUCCCCCGAGCAGGAGCUCGAGCCGGAGCCCGAGCACGAGCCCGAGCCUUACGAGCUGAUGCAACGCCACUACCCUUACAGACACUUCGAGCAACCCCAACCGCAGCCCGAUUACCCAUUCUUCCCGAAAUACUCCGACCCGUACGGGUUCAAGCGCGAGCCCGACGCGCCGUACGACAUGUCGCAUCACGCGCACCACUACCAGCCUCAGCCACAUCCACACCAGCACCCUCAUCAGCAACACCAUAAAAGAGACGAAGACAUGUAUAACGGUGUUAAACGUGAAUGUGAUGACCCUUACUCGUUCGUGGAAGAGGACGCGAUGUGCGCGAUGCUGGGCGCCCCGCAGCACCACGCGCUGGAGCCGCACCAGCACCACCAGCAGAUGCACCAGCACCCGCACGCGAUGCACCCGCAGCAUCCGCAGCACCACAUGCAGAUGCAUCCGCAGAUGAUGCUCAACCAGCCGAAGAAGAGAGGGCGGAAGAAGAAGAUUAAGGACGAGAAUGGGAUGGAGAUAAAGCUAGAGGGCCAAGAGGUCCGGCCGGUGAAGGAGCGGAAGAAGCACGACCGCUUCAACGGCAUGAGCGAGGAGGAGGUGGCGCGCCGCACGCUGCCCGACCACCUCGCCGAGAACCUCGACAUCAUCAUUAUCGGCAUCAACCCCGGGUUGUUCGCGGCGUACAAGGGGCACCACUACGCCGGCCCCGGCAACCACUUCUGGAAGUGUCUCUAUCUCUCCGGGUUGACUCGGGAACAGAUGAGCGCCGACGAGGACUACAAGUUGUUGAACUUCGGUAUCGGGUUCACGAACAUGGUGGGGCGCGCGACCAAGGGGUCCGCCGACCUCACGCGGCGGGAGAUCAAGGAGGGCUCUGCAGCUUUACUGGAUAAACUGCGCGCCUUCCGCCCUAAGGUGGCGGUGUUCAACGGCAAGCUGAUCUACGAGGUGUUCUCGGGCAAGAAGGACUUCUGCUUCGGCAAGCAGCCCGACACCAUCGCCGGCACCAACACGUACAUGUGGGUGAUGCCGUCGUCUUCGGCACGCUGCGCGCAACUCCCUAGAGCGGCCGACAAAGUACCCUUCUACGCGGCGCUCAAGAAGUUCCGCGACUACCUCAACGGCCUCGUGCCUCACAUCGACGAGGCCGAGCUCAUCUUCCCCGACAACACCUCCCGCCGCCCGCAGGAGGAGAUGGAAAUACGCAGACUGACGAUGGAGCCCGAGCCCGGGGACACCAUCAUCCUGGAGGACGGCACCGAGGUGCCGCUGAAGAAGAAGCGCGGCCGCCCCAAGAAGAUCAAGCUCGAGAACGGCGAGGUGGCGCCGCCCACCCCCCGCCAGCCCCGCCAGCCGCGCCAGCCGCAGCCGCUCGACCCCAACGGCGACCAGCCGCCCAAGAAGAAGAGGGGCCGCCCCAAGAAGAUCAGGCCCGAGGAGCAACAGUUCCUGCUGCAGCAGCAGCAGCAACAACAACAGCAGCAGCAGCAACAGGGGCAGGGGCAGACGCAGACGCAGGGACAGGGCCUGCUGCCGCAGCUGGCGGGCGCGCUGCACGAGCAGUUCCCCGCCGCGCCCCCCGGGCCCGCGCCGCAGAACCCCGACAUGGACAUGAUGGCCGAGUACCCGCCCUACUUCCAGCACGGGGGCAACAUGGAGUCCGGGAUGGAAGUGUCAGCGCCGCUCGGUCUGGCGCGCUACUCGUCGCCGGGCCCGGGCGGGGCGGGGCCGGGGUCCGGUACCGGUCCGGGCCCGGGCGGCGGCGGCGGGUUCCCGGCGGCAUCGCCGCGCGGCGUAUACGCGUCGCCGCGCUCCGCCGGCUACUCGCCGGGGCCGCAGCGGCCGCAGGGCACGCCGCAGCCGCAGUACCCGUCAUCGCCGGCGGCGUUCUCCGCGCCGUCGCCGCCGCGCAACAACCCAUACGGGUCGCCGGCGCGGGGCGGCGUGGUGGCUGCGGGCUACCCGGGCCGCAGCCCGCUGUACGCCGCCAGCCCCGCGCCCUACAGCCACGCCGCCGGCUCCCCGCACCUGCGCCUCGAGGACGGCUACGACCACCGCCAGCCCGAGCCGCAGUCGCAGACCCCGCGACCGUACUCGCGCUCGCCCGCGCCGCUCGCCGCGGGCGCCGCCUUCCCCGCGGCCUCCCCCGCCGCGCACUCCUACACCCCCUCCCCCGCGCACACCCCCUACAGCCAGCACUCCUCCCCCGCGCCGCGUACUCCCAACGCCGCUUACCCCUCGCACCCCUCCCCCGCGCCGCUCCCGCCAUUACCGCACCGUUCCACGGGCAGCGCUGGAUCGUUCGCCGGGGAGUUAUCCAGCGAUAUCGGUGCGGCGAUAUCUUCGCCGAACGCCUCACCGGGACUCACGUUGGAUUUCGAGCCGCCGCAUGCCGGGGAGAGUCGCGAACGGGAGCGAUCGCCGCUCGGAUCUACUGACAUGCAUCCGGGCAGCGGCAGUGAUGAGUCGCUACAGGAUUAUAAUAAGCAGGCGAACUCCAGCGUGAGCGAGAUGUCGCCGGGUGGCGUCGGCGGCGGCGGCGUGGCGUCGAGCUCGUUCGGCGCGGGGCUGUACGACGGCGCCGAGCGUCUCGCCUACCCCCACCACACGCCGCAUGCGCUUCACGACCCCACACAUAAAGACCAUUACCACUACCGUGACCAAGGAAGCAACUUGGGUGACAGUCCACGAUUAGACCACUUACAACAGCAUCCAUCCAUGUAUUCUAGCAAUUUUAAUAGAUCGACGCCGGAGGGCGGAGGUGAAGGGCCGUUCUCUCCACACGCGCCCGCUUUCCGCCCGCCAGAACACACGUCGCACUCGCGACCACCCGGAUCGCCGGGCGAAUUCGCGGGCGGCGCCAAGCCGAAGCCGCAAGACGUCGCGUCCAAAUCCCUCUCGGGGCUGGAGUCGCUCGUGGACCAGAUCCCGUCCAUCGCGGAGGGCCCGGCGGGGGGUGCGGGGGUGGCGGGUGCAGGGGCAGCCGGCCCGGCGCCCACGCCCGAGCCCGCCGCGCCCGUGGCCGCGCUGCCCGAGUACGCGCCCGCGCUGUACCCGCCCUACGGCUACGGCUCGCCCGCCUACGCCAACAACGGGUACGGCGCGCCGUUCGUGGGGUACGGCGGCGGCUGGGGCGGGCAGCUGAUGCGGCCGACGCCGGGCUACCUGUCGGAGUGGCAGUACGGCUACACCGGCGUGCCGGGCGUGCCGGGCGUGCCCGGCGUGGCGUCCGUGGCGUCCGUGGCGUCGGUGGCGGGCAGCUACGCGCCCUACAACGCGCCCUAUUAUAAUGGAUACGCGCCGCCCCCGGCGCAUCAUCAGCAGGCGCACUACCUGUCGCCGCCGUCGCUCAUGGAGCUGCACAAGAGCGGCGACGCGCCCGCGCCCGUGCCCGCCGUGCCGUCCGUGCCCUCCGUCGGCUUCGGCGGCUUCUGCUAGCCGACUCCGGCACCAAGCCGGCACCAAGCCGGCACGGACACGCAUCCGGCACGGAGAGAGCGAGUUUUGACGGAGCGGAUAUGAUGUAGCAAAAAUUAAAUGACAUUUGGGAGAGGAUUUUAUCGACGUUUUUAGCCGUGAUUUUGAUUGUGACUUGAAUAUUACUGAUUGUGCUGUAAUUAUUGACAUAUCUAUUUCCUUGAGGCGUCAACGAAAACAUUACAGCUGUAAUAAUGAAACGACUCGAUACAGUGUCACUCGUCAUUUCAUUAGCUAAAUAGACAAUGUGUUUCGAUCUGAUAUUACAAUUAACAGAAUUUUAGAAAAUAAUUUACAUGCUGGAACAGUUUUCAACAACAAAAAGCGUGUGGAUUAUCGUUUGUUCUGAUUGAAACUAAAGACAAGAGUUUCGGAUGUAUAAUUAAACAGUCGAUAAAAUAAAGUACUCUUCCUUGUGAGGUUUAAUUAAUGCGACUUGCGCGCUCCGUUCAUGGCCCUUAUUUGUAAAUAUUGUAUCUUUUGUCCAUCACAUUUUGUAUUAGGUAGAUUGUUUUCGGUCGUACGCCGGCGGGGCGGCGUUGCACUGUGAAGGGGAUAUUCGGAGUCUUGCCAGUGAAGUUUCGCGUUCUAGUCACUUACUAAUUCGUGUGGGCUAGUCAAAUUUGGAAAUAAUGUCACCGCCUCCCCGCGGGCAGCCGAGCUCGGCCUAUGAUGCGUAUACUUUUUUUUAGUUUAGUUCCCGCGUUUGCGGUAUUUAUAAAGCGAUUUUAGCAUUUUUAUAUACAACGGAAUAUAUUUUUACUGUCGCCGCUUGUCGGCCAUUUUGUCGUCGCGGUCGGUGACCUCUCGUGUACGUACACUUUUAUUAAUUAGAGUCUGUUAUGCAUUCUCUACGUUAUAUGUAUUUUUGACACUCGAUGAUGAGCGAAUUCUAUACUGCCUUUUAAAAUUAUGUUUAAUGGAAAUAUUUUUUAUUUAUUUAAUUUAUUUAUAUCAUGUAUUACUCGCGACAGUUGCUCGAUUACAAGGUUAAAGUCUAGAGGUGACCGACCGGACAGAAGUUACCGUCCGCCGCCGCGCCGGACCGUGCGGGACCGUACCGCGCCGGACCGUACCGCGCCGUACCGGACCGUACCGGAUCGUGUCGGGCGGCGGACUCGGGGCGUCACAACUCUUGUACAAAAUUCUUAACUUAGUGAAAUGAAGUCUUUUCUUUGCACAAACGAUUAAAGUCUUAA